AUGUCCUUCCCCUGGUGUCUACCCUGGCCUCAGCAGAGCUACUGGGACGAGUUUAACCUCAAUGGGCUCAAGAUCAAAGUCAAAACAUCCUCUUCUUCACUCGAAAAGACAGACACCGCUCUCACUGACGGUCCCUCAAACUCCACUUCACUCGAGCCUUACUUCUGGGGAAAGGGUUUCCGGGCCCGUGGCAUCGGGAGAUUGCUCUCCUCCAAGAAUAAACACCCUGUACACAUCGGAUAUGCUGAAGCGAGAGGUCUCAUCGGUCGUGGAACCGUGGAUGAUCUCCAGCGUCUGUCCCACCUUGCCAGUACCUUUGUGAUUGAAGUCUUCGAGGACAUUGAUGAAUUUUCGGGGGCUUCUUCAUCCGAGGAUUCAGUGCCUAGUUCAAGGGUUACUCAGCUGAAACUCUCACCUGAGCUAGAAGAGUGGAAAACGUCCCAGCAUGCGAUCGGCAACGUUCUUCCUCCCAAGGGCGCUGGUCUGAGUCCGGUGUCGGAUGAGAUCCUUCACAUCCUUGGUGCAGAGCACUGGCCUGAAGCGCUGAAGACCACCAAUGCCCUGUUCGGUUGUGGUAUCGCUAGUCUCCUCAUGGGCGCAGCCGACUCCAACACCAUGUUCUCCAAUUAUGUUACCGACAUGGCAUUCUACUACGAGCACGGUUACAACUACGUCUUCCCCAACCUUGAGCCUUUGUUGGAGAAGGGCCUGAAUGAUCCCCAUGCGCUCAAGACCCCUGGUGGUCAACAGCGUCGCGAUGCUGUCGCUAUCGGUAAGCGAUACAUCCAGGGUAAGAUCGCCCUGGAGAAGAAGCACAAGGACCAUCUCCUGAACCGAUCCGCUCGGCUGGACAGACGGACCGCGCAGAUUGUUUCGUUGUCCGAGAGUAGUCUUCUUGGCAUGGCAGCCGAAGCGACAGCGCGAGGCUUUGAUGCUGGGGCUGUCAUGGCUGAUCUUGUCUUCAGUUCGCCAGGAACCGAUGUCGUGGAUGUUGGCUGCGAUCUUGUCAACUCCGAGGUGAUGAAUUCUUUCCUCAACGUCAGCGACAUUACAGACACUGGAAUCGUCAGUGAGGAUGUUUUGAGAAAGGUUUACGAUGCCUACGCUGUUAUGGGCGCUAGGAUGCUUACGCAGCGAUGGCAUGAACCUGUUGCUAGAAUGUGUGCUGCGCUGUACACUUGGCAUAUCCAGAAUGACCGACACAUGUUUUUCCGACGUGCUCUUCUGGGAUGGCAGAAGGCGAGGAAGACACCUGCUCAACCUCAGAGUGAGGGUGAUUUCGAUGAGGUGUUUGAUAAGACUUUCCACCUGACUGGCUUCAGUCGUCCCCUUGACGCCAAGUACACUUGCAACGGCGAAGAUACAUGUGAUCGUGUACACGACCAUCUUAACCGCCACUCCGACGAACCUCUUCUCAAGGAACUUUGGUGGUAUCUUGUAACAGGUCCCUUGGAGUACGUCCGUGGCGGCCAAGUCUCUGAGAAGACUGAGCUUGAUCUUGCCGAGGGUUCAAGAUUAAGGAUGGCCAAGCUCUUCUCCAAAGGUAAAGUCUUGGAGAUGGUCUGGUUGAUUGCCCAUGCGAACCACCAUGCUUGGCAGGUCAAUUAUCUGUUUGAAGCUGCUAUGUUUGGAAGUAUUCUUGAUGGAGGAAAGCUGAUCGGAAAGCUCGACAGGAAGGAGCAAUUCUAA